AUGGCUCCAGAAGUGGCAGUAGCAUCUUCAGAUUCAAUUAAGCCUAGAGAUGCAUGCAUUGUUGGUGUUGCACGUACACCAAUGGGUGGACUUCUUGGAUCUCUAUCAUCUUUAUCUGCCACCAAGCUUGGAUCUAUAGCUAUUGAAGCUGCUCUUAAAAGAGCAAAUGUUGACCCAUCACUUGUACAAGAAGUUUUCUUUGGCAACGUCCUGAGUGCAAAUUUAGGGCAGGCUCCGGCCAGACAAGCUGCAUUGGGUGCAGGAAUACCUAAUUCAGUGGUCAGUACCACUGUUAAUAAAGUUUGCGCAUCAGGGAUGAAAGCAACAAUGCUUGCAGCACAAAGUAUCCAGUUGGGCAUCAACGAUGUUGUUGUGGCUGGUGGCAUGGAAAGCAUGUCCAAUGCGCCAAAGUACCUUGCUGAAGCAAGGAAGGGAUCUCGCUUUGGGCAUGAUUCUCUUGUUGAUGGAAUGCUGAAAGAUGGUUUAUGGGACGUCUAUAAUGACUGUGCCAUGGGAUCAUGUGCUGAAUUAUGUGCAGAUAAACAUGUGGUAACUAGGCAGGAGCAGGACGACUUUGCUAUCCAUAGCUUUGAGCGUGGUAUUGCUGCCAAAGACGCGGGUGCCUUUGCAUGGGAAAUUGUUCCAGUUGAAGUUUCUGGAGGAAGGGGAAAACCAUCAACAAUUGUGGACAAGGAUGAAGGCCUGGGGAAGGAAAAAGUGAAUGUACAUGGCGGAGCUGUAGCCUUGGGACAUCCUCUAGGUUGUAGUGGAGCACGUAUCUUGGUCACACUUCUGGGGGUACUGAGGCAGAGAAAUGGGAAAUAUGGUGUCGGUGGUGUUUGUAACGGAGGAGGCGGCGCCUCUGCCCUGGUAGUAGAGCUUGUAUAA